UUUCAAUAAUUAUGUUUUGCUAAUCGUCGGAUGAACACUUGUAAGUAUCACGUUAACUUUCUUUUUCAACAUCACUAAUCUUUGAUGUUGAAAACUCGUAACAGGAAGACUAGACUCGAAUCGUGGUCCCCAAUCUGACCAAAUACAUAUCCGUACUGCUACUUCUAAAUUUAGGUCGUAUUAUCCACUUGCGAUACUCACGAAUAUAUACCCCCUGUCGUUUAAACGUAUGUACUUAAUUCUCAUUGUUCGCUUAACGAGAAAAUUGUCGCAAUGGCACAAUCGCAAUGUAUGUAAUAACGCCUGUAUGUAAAACGCCAAUGUAUGUAAGUCACACAAGCGCUUUUGGAUUAUUCCGGACUCGUGAUACAUGGUAGUAUGUCUUUGCCAAAGGAUGGAUUAGGUUUCUUCCAUUAUUUCAAGAGCUUAGUGUUUUGACAAUAUUAAGAGAAUUUGAUUGAUUUUGUUAUUAUUUGGUCAAACAUUAUUUCCUUAUUAAUAUUCAAAAAUCAAGAAUGUUAUCAUCAAAAAUAUGAGUAUCGUUUUUUAAUAAGAAAUAAUAUUUAUGGAAAAGGUAUUGUUAAAGAGAAACAAUACAGUACAUUACAGUUUUGGUCAAAGUUAAAGAGAUAAGUAACUACAUAUUAAAAGAUUAUCUCUCUGUGAAGAGAAAAAAAAAAAGAAAAGAAAUUUGUUCGAACGUACAGGAACGCCAAAAAGGCGUUAUCAAAUCGUCGAAAUACCGUUCUGUAAGAAGAUGACCUCGGAAGACAACUCGGAUGAUCUUUUGACGAAUUGGGUUCCGGAAAUGCCGACGGUCCAAGAAAUUAACAAGUCCAUGCAAAACUUUGCUAUCCCGGACUAUAUCGUUUUCGUCUUGAUGCUUUUAGUUUCUGCUUUUGUUGGUAUUUAUUUUGGUUUCGUAAAAAAGAUCUCAGGCGAGGAUGAAUAUUUGGUUGGUGGUAGAAACAUGAAGACAUUUCCGAUCAGUUUGAGUCUGAUAGCCAGUUUUAUAUCAGGUAUCUCUUUAUUGGGUAUACCAACCGAGGUUUAUGUUUAUGGGACUACAUAUCUUUUUAUUUCAUUUGGAUUGAUCAUUACGGGCUUCAUCAUGUCGAAAGUAUUUUUACCUGUUUUUCAUGAUUUGAAAAUCACUAGCACGUAUGAGUACCUUGAAAGGCGUUUUGAUAAAAAAAUCCGAUUAUUAGGAUCCUUCCUCUUUUCCAUCAGUAUGAUAGUUUAUCUACCCAUCGUCAUCUAUGUACCAGCAUUAGCUUUUAAUCAAGUAACCGGAAUCAAUGUCCAUAUCAUCACACCUUUUGUAUGCAUUGUUUGUAUUUUUUAUACUUGUAUGGGUGGAUUAAGAGCAGUGGUUUGGGCAGAUUUCAUUCAAGUUCUCGUAAUGUUCGGAUCAAUGCUUUUGAUCACGAUCAAAGGCACUUCGGAUAUUGGUGGAUUAUCGGUUGUAUUAAGAAGAAAUCGGGACUCUGAUAGACUCGAAUUUCCAGCAUUCGAUUGGAGUCCUACGACAAGACACACAAUUUGGUCACUUGUAAUUGGAGGAUUUGUUCACUGGUUGCAGAGCUUGGCAGUCAGUCAAAACACAAUACAGCUUUAUCUCGCGUUACCUACUUUGCACUUGGCUAGAAGGGCACUUUGGUAUUUCAUUAUAGGAGUUUCAUUAAUCGUGGGAACAUGUGGAUAUGCAGGCAUGUUAAUAUAUGCUUGGUAUUAUGAAUGUGAUCCAUUGACAACAAAACUGGCUGGUACAAAGGAUCAGCUUUUACCACUUUUAGUUAUGAACGUUUUGGGAGAUUAUCCUGGAUUACCUGGCUUAUUUGUUGCUGGAGUAUUCAGUGCUGCUCUCAGUUCUUUAUCAACUGGUUUGAACUCUAUGGCAGCGGUCGUAUUAGAAGAUUUUAUUAAACCAUUUCGUAAAACAGGAUUUACUCCUAGAGUUGCUGAUAUUUUCAUGAAACUCACUGUCAUCAUCGUUGGAGCAAUUUGUGUGGCUCUCGCUUUUGUCGUUGAAAAAGCUGGAUUACAUGUUUUGCAGCUAUCUGUCAGUCUAAAUUCUAUAACCAAUGGUCCAUCUCUUGGUAUUUUUACUAUGGGGGUUCUAUUGCCCUGGGUAAAUGCAAAGGGUGCUCUUAUUGGUGGUUUAGCUGGUUGUGGUUUUAUGGGUUGGAUCACUUUAACAGCUCAAACAGCUAUAGCUAGUGGAAAAAUGAAAUUCGAAGAGAAACCUGUUACCACCGAAGGAUGUAUGUAUUCCUUUCCUCAAAUAGAAAAUCUCUUGUUAUUUAUACCUUCUGAAACUAUCUUGAAUGAAGAGAAUGGGAAUUCAUUUCCUGAACAGCUAUGGGCAUUGUAUCGCAUCAGUUACUUAUGGUACACCAUAAUAGGUACUUUGGUCACCCUAAGUAUUGGUCUUAUAGUAAGUAUUAUUUCUUCUGAAGAUGUUGACAAAUUAGAUCCUAUGCUGUUAGCUCCAUUUAUGAGGAAAUUCCUGAGAUCUUCUAAAAAAAAUUUACAACAAAUACAGAUUGCGAGAAAUGAUUUCAAAGUUGACAAACAAAUGGACGUUGAAGAAGAUAAAAUAAUAGCAAUGUCAUCAACAUGACAAUGAUUACUUAUUUAAUUUUUUUAUACUUUAAAAGAGACACUUUAAAUCUUAAUUUUUAUUAUUUUUCAUUCAAAAUCAUAUUAUAUGCAUCUAUCUCAUUGUAUGUACGAUCUUAUUACGAAAUGUUUGUUUUAGAAAAAAAUGUUAACUCUGGAUGACGGAUUUAUAAUUGUAUAUUUUAAAAUACAUUUAAAUUUUGCUUAAAAUAUCAUAUAAACGUAACAUGUGAUGUCUUCAUGAUAGAAUUCAUUAAUUAUUCUAUAUUAUAUAAUUAUUUUUGUGUAUCACACGCAGAUUUAUUAAGGCUUAAAAAUAAUAUUACAAAUAAUAUUAUUUAUUAAGGCUUAAAAAAUAUUCUAUUCAAUAUUCUUUUCUUUUCACUUCUUCACUUUUCCGAUAUAGCUAUAGAAUUUUAAUGAUUGUGAUAGAUAUUUUUGUUAGAAUAGAAAAAGAUCUAUUUAUGAAUUGUCAAAAAGAAAAAAGAAUACACUUGUUUAUUAUUACAAUAAAAAGGAUUAUACAAAGAAUAAUAUCAAAAGAAAAAAAAAUGUAUUCUUCGUUCUUAAUGAAAAGUGAAGACACUUUGAAGGCGGACAUAAUUCUGAAUACAAUCGUACAUAUAUAUGUAGGCAUGUAUAUAUAUAUAUAUAUACAUAUACAUAUAUAUAUAUAUACAUGUAAUUUAUAUAUUUACAAAUUUAUAUUUAUACAGCAAAAACUUCAAUACUUAUUGGUUUAUUUACUUCAAAGUUUUAUAUCCUUCGUGUAGAUUGUAUUUAUUGAGGAUAGAUAUACCGAAAUGUAAAAGUUUAUGUCAAAAAUUAUAUCUAAAUAUAAACUACGAUUUUAUAUUGUAUAUGUAUAAGGAUAAAAAUUGUACAAGAAGAAGAUAAUCGAAUACUGUAAUAUAUAUUUGUCUGUACUUAUAGAAGAAAUCAGACUGCACAAUUACAGGUCUUCUUAAUAAAAAUCUCUAUAUCAUUUAUAUUAUUAUAUACACUUACAUCUUUCUAAACUUUUUUAUCUGACUUUUGAAUGAAUAAAGUUUUUCUAAUAUAACUUCUUUUCACACAAUGUUUAUCGACAUUUUUGUUACAUUUAUAUAUUUAAAUAAUAAAUAAAUAAUUUGUAUGAAAUCGUUAUCUCGCUUAAAUUUGUAUAUGAUAAAUUUACUUGUAGUUUAAAUAUAAAGAGAAAAUAUUGAUACAUAUUAUGGAAUUUUUUGUAUAGUUGUUUUUCUUUGUACUUUUACAAGCCAUACAAAAAUCAAUUGUAUUUAUCAAAAAUGAUGUAGAUAAAAAAUAUAUCUGCAGCAGUGCGCGUUUUUAAAAAGCUAAGGAAUUGAUGUAUUGAAAAAAACACACCACUCUGUUUUGUGCCAACUCUAUAACGAACAAUUCUUUUUUCUUUUUUAUUAUUAUGAUGAUGAUGAUGAUGAUUAUUAUUAUUAUUAUUAUUAUUAUUAUUAUUAUUAUUAUUAUUAAAAUAUGAAAAAAAUCAUGUCCUGGAUUCUACACUUGAAAAUCUUAUCACAUUCGAAUAUUUUGUAUAAUGAAAGUUAUAUAUAUUCUAUAAUAAAAAUAAUCUAGUAUAACAAUAUUCUUAUAAAAGUGUAUAAAAAGAUAUGUGAAGAACCCAGCGUCAUGAUUAACUCUCAUUUUUUCAUUACUAAUAAAAUAUACAUUCUUAAGAUCUUCAAAUAGAUCUUUAAGAAUGUUUUAUUUCAAUUUUAGACUAGAUCAGGAGAGUCUGAUAUA